AUGAUUAAAAUGUAUGCACUACAUUUCCUAUGUUACUCCUUAAUUUAUGCAAGGAGGGAGGCGACAAGUACAGAUGACUUUGUAAAUCAUAAUACUAGUGGAAAUGAUAUUUAUGAAGAUGAAUAUGGGCUAUUUCCUGAAUAUGCUUUGACUAAAAAAGAUUCUGAGCCUUUGGAUGACACACUUAGAUGCGCAAAAACGGAUAAUACAUUUAUUAUUGCGCUUAAUGUUCACUUACAGAAAUAUGCAGUGGAGUCGAUUGAGAGUGCAUCGAAAUCUAAAUUAAAUAUGAUUUUGCCCCCAAAAGAAUCUAUACUGAGUUAUAUUGGUACUAUUGUAAAUGAGAUAAAUAGUGAUUUAAUAAGGUAUGGUGUACAAAUGGUAACAUUAUUACAAAGAUACAAAACAGAGGAUUUUGUAGUGACUGAUUCGUUUGACUCGUCAUGCGAAAUUAAAGAUCCUGUAAGCGACAGGCUUGAUGAAAGUCAUAAUCAAUUGAAAGAUGUUUAUCAAGACAAUAUGGGACUACACUUGUUUGUAUGGACAUGUCCACAGGAUAAUAAAGAUUUUUUGACGAUAAAAAUUAAUGAAAAUGAAAGAUGUGGAAGAACAAUUGGUGUGUUAUGGCAGGGAAUAGAACUUACAAGAAUUAAUAUCAAAUCUUCUAUAAUGGAAGCAAUUACAGGAAUACCAAAUUUAUAUUUAGAUGGUAAAUUUCCAGCGGAAAAGGUAAUUUCGAAUAUUUGUAAAUUUGUAGGUGAUUGUAUUGGAUCAGAACCAGGUGUCGUAGGUUGGAAAAAUCAAGCCCUAGUACAAGUAAUUCAUGCUAUUCCGGACAACUCACAUGAGGAAUAA